AUGAAUAAUGACAGCACUGUAUUGAACACAGUAGAUCGAUCACAAAUCAAUGUUGAUGAUGAUGAUGAUGAUCAGCAGAAUACAUCUGUUACUUCAACCUCAACUACUACGAAUGUUAAUAAUUUUAUAUUCAUACAAUUGACUAAUCUAAUCAAAUCGAUACUACAAUUAAGAUCAACAACAAAGAAGAAAAAGAAUAAAAAGAAAAAGAAAAAAGAUAGAGUACCGAAAUAUGAACUAGGAGAGAUUGAGGGAGUCAACGAUGAACACAACCACAUCUACAACUAUGGUAAUGUGAUUGAUGUACAAAAUGUUGAUACCUCUAAACAUUGGACCGAAGCUACACUUGGACAAUACCUCAAAGAUGCUGGGUUUGUUAGAGGUUCAUCUAGCACUGGAAGAAACAAAGCAGAUAUAACACCUUACUUUAUUGUAUUUGCAAACUUGAUAGUGGAGCAAAUGAUCCAACUUGAUCAGAUGGAUGGAUCAUAUAGAGUCAUACAAACUGGAAAUGGACAAGAUGACUUUGAUAGAGCUUUUAGUAUUAUUGGAUCCGAAAUGUUUGAAUUGAUAGAACCUGGUCUACCACCAUCCUACAUGGUUAUGACAUCUCUACUCGUUGUGGCGGCAUAUGUCAUUGGUUUGUCUGGCUAUGGACGUGGUCCAUUGGCCAAUAUGGUCAAGGAAACCUUGGUCAAGAUUCAUAAAGAGAUCCCACGUAAUAUGCCAGACAUUGGUCACAAGUUACAAUACACCUAUAAUAUCUACUUUGGACUGACCGGGCAACAAAAAGACGUUGUUUGGGAUACACCCAAACUGACACAAUACCUCGAAAAGAAUAGUAUUAGAAAAUACAACACCACUCGAUACCCACCAACUGAAACCAAUAUCGAAAACAUCAUUAUAUUGUCUAAACUAAUUACUAGAAUCGUAUACAUUCAUGGUGAGCGUUUGAGCGACCUGACACAAGAAAGACUGAUUCAAAAAGAAUCUGUUGAAUUGGAGCUUGAAAAGAUGUCACGUAUGGCACUACCUAAUUGGAAAUCUCAAGAUGAAUGGGCUCAUGACAUGAGAAUGGGUGUGCUGACUAUAACACUUUUGGCGUUUCAGACUGGUGUCAACGAUUAUGUUUUUCCGCCUUUAAUUGAUGGAUACCUCAAAAAACUGAUACUAGAUAACUUGGAAUUCUCUGGUUUUGAGUUUGGCAAUGACCCUCAAAGAAUAUUCAACUAUCUUUUUAAAACUCUUACUGGUCCACCAUACCAACAAAAAUCAAUACCAUCAAGAAAUCAAACAUCAACCACAGCCAAACCAAAAAAACAAAAAAAAACAAAACCACAACUAUUAAAAACAAUGCUAUCAACAACUCCAACAACACCAACAACAACAACAUUGAUACCAACAAUGCCAUUAGCACCAGCAACAACAACAACAACAUCGAUACCCAAUACAACGACAACGACAACACCAAUAGCAAACAUCAUCUAUGAUCCCAACAAAAUAGAAAAUCAACUACAUCAACAUCAACAUCAACAUCAACAUCAAUAUGAACAACAAGAUGAGCAACAACAAUAUGAACAACAUCGGUACCACCAAAAACAACGUCGAUACCAACAACAACAACAACAUCAACGUCAACAUCAUCAACAACAACAUGAACAACAAUAUCAUCAACAUGAACAACAAUAUCAUCAACAUAAACAACAAUACCUACAACCACAUGACUUUGAUCGAAUUCUAUUUGAACGAUUCCAAUACCAAGAAAACCUACAAAAUGGAUGGUAUUUACCAAAUUGGGUACCACCAACCAUUUUUACAAUCUUUUUCAUAUUAUCUAUUGCUUUUUUGAUAGUUGUUUUUCUUGCCAAAGAUAUACCCAAAGUUAACUUUGGUCGACUAUUCUCUGCCUCCCAUACUACUGCUAGAUACAAAGAAUCAGAUGCCUAUGGAUGCUUUUCAAACUUUUCAAAGCAUAGAGUGUAUAUAGCUGGUCACUCUUGGACUACGAGUGAACAUUAUUUUCAGGCAAUGAAGUUUGAAGCAACACCAGAAUACUUUCAAAAGAUUCGAGACUGUAAAACACCAGGUGACUCUGCAAGGUUGGGUAGAAGUAGAGCACAUCCUCUAAGAAAAGAUUGGGAGACUGUAAAAGAUGAGAUCAUGUAUGAUGUAGUAUUGGAAAAGUUUAAACAGAAUGCUGAAAUUAGAGAAGUCCUUCUUGGUACUGGUGAUGCUACACUUGUCGAACAUACAGUAAACGAUAGUUAUUGGGGUGAUGGUGGAGAUGGAUCAGGUAAAAAUCAACUUGGUAUCACUCUUGAAAGAGUAAGAGCAGAGUUGAAAGCAAAUCCAAGUGUAUGCACAAAGGGCAGUGGUGACUUUUUGUUGUUGUCUAGCAAGUUAAGAGAAGAUGUCAGUAAUACUACUACCAUAGUAAAGCCAACAACAUCAAUAAACAAUAUUAACGAUAACGACAACGACAACGACAACGACAACGACAACGACUAUGAUGAAGAAGAAGAACAAGAGAACAAGAUAUUAUUAAAAAAUAUUAGUAAAUCAACUUCAACAUCAUUUGUAAUCGAAAAUACAAGUACUUGUAGUAGUAGUAAUACAAUUAAUUUAUCAACUUCGGCAUCUGAUUUAAGACAUCGUAGUAUUUCCACUUCUUCCAAUUCAAUUUCUAUCGAUAAUCAUUAUACUACUAGUUGUGCUGAAAACGACAAUAAUAACGACAACGACACUAUAAGUUUAUUGGAAACUUUUAGUAGUACAACAACAACUACAACAACAACUACAACUUGCAUUAUUUUUGACGAACUUACCAACACAUACAACGAGAAACCCAAACAAGUGUUUCAAUGUUUACACUUUAAAGAAACUCCCGAGUAUCUUCAAAGAGAACAUAUCCAUACUGGCUACCGAGUCAACUUUUCAUUAUCCCUUGCCAUUAAAUCCAUUUUCAUUCCACAACACAAUGAAUUUUGGAACAUCCAUAGUCAUCUAUGGCCUCUUAUUUAUUUUCUUUUUCUCACCUACGAUACAUUGGUCAAUAAGACUACUUAUAUGCAAUGGAGUGAUAUCACUGUAUUCACCUUAUUUUUGUUGAGUGGAGCUACAUGUUAUGCAUUUUCAUCUGCUUGGCAUACGAUUGGAUGUACAACCUAUCACACUUGGCAUCGAUUCCUAUUAUGUGAUUAUCUUGGUAUUAUCUUUUUAAUUGGGGCUUCUUUUUUCCCACCUCUAUUGUAUGGGUUUAGAGAACACCCAACUCUUAUGAUUGGAUACAUGGCAAUGAUUAGCAUCUUUUGUAUUGGUCUAUUGGUACUGGUUCUCAUCCCAGCACUAUCCAACCACAAUAGAUUGCGUACCUUUAUGUUUUCAGCUACUGCUGGUAGCGGCAUUAUCCCAACCAUUCACUUUUUGGCUUUGUAUCCAUUGGAAGACACUAUGCCAUUUAUGAUUCGAACCGGUGUCAUGUUUCUCUUGUUUGCCGUUGGUCUUGUCUUUUAUGUCACUCGAUUCCCUGAACGUUUCUUCCCUGGUAAAUUUGACAACUUUAUAAGCAGUCAUGCCAUUUGGCAUCUUUUCACAUUCUUGGCACCACUCUACCAUUUCAAUACCUGUAUUGAAAUCUUUCAAGAAUUAAAUAAUAUCAAUUUUUAA